AUGGAACGACUUAUUCUACAGAUUCAAGAGACACAAAAGGUACUACAGAAGCCCAAGACCGACUGGAGCGAUUGUUGUGCAUCCAUUGAGGACUUGGCAACAGCUGUGGAGUCACUGGGACAGUUGGAAGACUACAAGGAUGUAGUUCGACUGCUUCUGAGCCUCUCGAGGGAUAUAGGGGUACAAAUUCGUGCUAUUCGAUCCAAAUUGGUAAAAGAUGUUUGUGAACAUUUGAUACGGAUCGUCAUGGUCACUGGACGAGAUUUUCAAGAGAUGGCAAAUGUUCUAUUGCCUUCAAUUAUUGCCACGUCCAAGAGCACACUGGCUGCAAUUCGUCAACCAGGAGCAAAGCUAUUGAGUAGAUUGUCUGAGAAAGUGCGGUAUGACUUGGCUAUUGUCAGGAAGAUUUACGAGAAUGCGAUGCAAGAGAAAACUUGCGUGUUGGUACUGGAACAAUUACGGAUUGUGUUCGUCUAUUGGUCUGAUGAAGAAGUGCUGCCGUGGGAAUCAGACGUACUGGAGAUGGUCCGAUUGGGGCUAAAUAGCCAACAUAGUGACGUCCGGAAGGCAGCACGAGAUGUUCUCUGUAGGUUUUCGUCAAGAUGGAGUGAGCGUGUGGAUGAAUUACGACAAAUGUUGUCCGACCAGGCUAAAGCUCUGCUGAUCCAGGAGCAUCGGAGCUCUCCAUUGGCUGCAGCAAUCAUGGAGAAACAUCCAGAGAUUGUUACUAAAUUAGGAGCAUUAUCGCGCAACCGAGCUAUUUUAGCUCAAUCGCGCUCUAGAUUGCCCAAAUCGGUGCAAAAUACUGAGAUCCAUGUGUCAGCAACUCCCCCGCCGCAUCUCGAACAGCAAAAAGUCUUGGAACAAAAGCCAUGCAGCAGUGGAGGGAGCGCCGCGAAGACCAGUAGAACUGCACCGGCUCCUGAGGGGACAGAAAUUAGUGAAAGUGUGCGGCGUGCAUUGGAUAAUCCUGGUGUCUUUGGAGGAUCCGAUGACUGCCAGCAGGAAGAAACUGCUACGAUACUUAGUCGCUCACAAAUGCACGUACUCUACGCAAAGCAAGAGAUCGGGCUGUCAAAUGCAUCAGAGGUUGAAGAAAGUCCCUGUCCUCGAGCUGAUAUUCACAGUCCAACGACUGUGACGCGAGCCUCAAGUGCAUCCAAUGCCGAAGAGACUUUGCUUCAGCACUCUAGCGUCCAGAUUGAGGACUUUCAGAUUUCCGGCUUGUCAAAUCGCUCUUCAGGUUUGUACGGUGAGAAGCACCAGGAAUCACCUACCAGAUCUAGCGGCUCUCCCGAACUGUGGGUAUCUCGACCUCCUCGUCAAGGAAGCUUCUCGUUGAAAGGGCAAGAAAGUAUGGUACCUUCCACACAUGGUAGUAAUGCCUAUGUUGAAGAGGAUACGGUCGAGCCGAAUCCAUUUAGUGCAAGCGACGAGUAUUUCAGCAAGCCAAUUCCGAGUUCACUUGAUGCACCGAGUUCUCCCUCGCCAUCUACAGAAAAUGUGACACAUCGACCAAGACGGCAAACGCUCGCUCACCAGGAACACAAUAAUUCGCCACCGCAACUGUGCUCGUCUCUGCUGUCGUCUCCCAAGCUGACCGCACCAAAAGGGUCUCAGCAGCUUCGGUUAGUGGAUACGAUACCAGAGUCUGUCAGUAAGCCCAACCAAGGAGCGAGAUCUCCACUGCGCGAACAAUAUGCUGAUUAUGUGCACGAUGGUGAAGAUGACAUUGGCGAACUGACAGGAGUAGGCGAUCACGAAGAGCUUAAUAUUGAGUGGGAUCAUUGCCGACUGGAUGAUAUUCGGUUACAAAAUGAAGGUAAGCAGCGCUCUGUGGAGAAUGACGAUGACCAGGAGGGAGAUGUUUUUUCAGAUGAAUGGCAUGUUGAUGAAAAGCCCAGACACAGGCGCGAUUCUCUCAAUGAAGUUGGCGAUCUUGUGAGUGGUAACCUUGUGGAUGUGGCUGACAACAACGAAACGGCAACAGAAAAUGAGCCGAAAAUGUCAGAAAUGGAUCGGCAUGCUAAAUUAAAACUACAGGGACACUGUCCGAUGCGAAAUGAUACUCAAGUGGAAGAAGAUAGGGAGAAGAGACUAUCCGUCGAAGCGAAAUUGGGAGGACACCGUGACGAUGCACUGGCAGGUUUGCUGAAUGUUCGGAAAGAAAUGACACAUCUUCGAGCGAUGACAAACAAUGAAGAGAGUUGUGGUAGCAACUUUGUCGAAAAACGUAGCACGCCUGCGCAAAAUGUGCUCGAUGCUGCAGAUAUUGCCGAAGAAGCGCAAGAACAAUUUCAUUUGAAGCAGGAUACCCAGACAUGGAAGGAACCUAAAAAAGCAGGGCGCUACAUGGAGAGAUUGACGCAUGCUGAUGGUGUGUCUCGGAGCUCGCUUAUAGUGCCAAGUAAUGAUGUCGCUUGUGAGCAACCGAAAGAAAGCAGCUCUUUGAAAUUGCCUGAACAGGGUAUGUACCACGCAACAACAAGAAUGGAUUCGAAUGAAAGACUUGAAAGCAACUAUCUGGGUCUGCAAGGUGCUCAUAGUCCGCCUCGCGUAUCUCACCAUUCAAAUGCGAGGAUUGACGAGCCUAAACUCUUACGUUUUGCAGAAAAGGAUCGAGGUGAACGCAUAGAGGCACCGUCGCUAAAUUUGCAGCAGGAUGCCCGCCCUCGAUUUCAGGCUUCGUUUGACGCUCACGAGCAAGCUGGGCGUUUUGAUGAAGCAGAGAAGCUCUUUGCUACCAAGGAUGAUCCGUCGGCCUUGGGCAUCUAUAACAGACCGCAAUCACCCGAGCCGGAGCGUUAUAUGCAUUCGAAGCCUUAUCAAGUGCGUUUUCCUCCAACACAGCUAGGGGCAAAGCUGAAUCCUUCUUUUGCUAAGGCUCAAAAGAAAAUAGUGGUCGAAGAGAAGAUCGACGCUGCUUCAAAAGAUGUGGUCACGGAAGACGUGACCGCGGUUGCUAACGCAGAAAUCGAAGCUGCUCCGGUGGAGGGUCACAAGGAGGUGUCACUGAAAGACCGUCAACCUGUGAGUAGCCAUGACGAAACCAACGAGAUAGUAGCACCAGACUGUGCCAAGCGUGACACUACCCCUGAUACCGCUCCUCGCCUCACCUCGAAGGUAUCAGCUGUUGUUCAAGGAAGAAAAACGCCGCCAGCGACAUUAGGCUGGGCUAGCUCCUUUGCUAUCACCAUCGUUGUCUUUUUGGCGGCGAUGUUCUGCAUGAUUGGCAUUCUGCGAGCAGCGAAGAAGGUACAAGAUUCUCAUGAGUAUCACUUGGCUUUGAAAACGCGGAUCGAAAAGUUUGAGGCAAGUAUCACCGAGACCCACAAGAAGGUACUGAAGCUCGAGGAUGAUUAUGCUAUCUGGAGUGAUUACGUGCGUAAGCUCACGGAAGAAGACGAAGUGCACGCCCUGGCUCAGCUGGAAGCUAUUCAAGUUGAAGUCCAAAAGUGGCAGCAUGAGAUGAAUGCAGAUCUUGUGGCAUUCCAACAGGCGCUUUUGGUGGACUCUAUUGGGGCUUCAUUUGCAGACUUGCAUGUGAACAACACCAAGCAAAUUUGA